CUCCUCCAUGACUCGACCAUCUUUACUGCACUCACAGAUCCCGAGUGCGCUGUAAUAUAUAUCUUCUCCGUUGACAUUCGUACUUUAAGGAUAAAAAAGAAUGAAUCGGCAGAUAAAUAAAAGAGGAGUCACGGGGCCCGUUGGGGAAGCAUUAUUCAAAGAGCAACAAUCUAGCAGAGUACAUUGCGACCUGAAAGAAACCCAGGUACACAUUCCAGCUGCUGGGAGAAAGGCAGAGUAUUCUAGUGCAGCACAAGCCUCUGCUGGUAAGUGGAAGUCUUCAUUCCAACCAGUGGUUAAGAGAAAUGCUGAAGAUGAGUCGCAGGAGCAAAGCAGUGUACAAAGAUAUGAAAAAUACGAGAAGGAUGUUGUGACAUCGACACCUUCGCACCACCAACACUUAGCAAAGGCUGCUCGCCCGCCCGUGUCUCGUCUUGUCUCAGGCACUGGGCCUGAAGGGACUGAACUUUACGACCCGUUUGAUAAUGACAUGGUUGACUCGACAAUUGACAGACUACGGCCCACAAAGGACAACUUCCCACCUGAGCAAUGUUUGUCUCCAGGCGGGAGCCGUCAUGUCAUGUCCUCCUGGGAAUUAAGCCGACGGCGUGACUAUAACAUGAAGUCACUGGAGCCACCAGGGUAUGCAUCCAUGAGGACGUCCUAUGGCGCAGAGAGGACCAAUGGAGAAGAAGCCAUGGCAAGGCCAGAGCACAGCAGCAUGAUGGUCCCACGUGUUAGGUUGUCUUCACCAAAGCUGCAGGACUAUCAGAUUACGGAGGAGCCCGGUGAAGCAGAAGAGGAAGAGAGUAGGACAAAAAGCAAAAGGACCAAAUCUAUUCUGAUGGAUCAGAUAACCAUCAACUGUGACCUGUGCGACAUCGAAGUGAGCAAUGGGCAGGAGCUGGAGGACCACUUGGACAGCAAAAUUCACUGGGACGUAAUGGCGCACAUCCAACAGCAGAAUAACUAUGACGACAUGACGAUAGCCUUCCUGCAGGACGUCAUGUUGUAUAAGAGCAUCAAGUGCAGCCGAGCCAUAGAUGACAGCGCUCUUCGUGCUCUGCAGGAGAACGACCACAUGACAAAGGUUGCGUUGUUCCACUGCGCAGCUUGCCAAGUCCUCGUAUCCACGGCGGCAUCAUCUGUGCAGAAUCACAUCACCUCGCCGGAACACCUCUCCAAAACAAAGGAAUUUGGAGCACAGCGGAGACACGCUUCACUUGACAAAGCAGAUACCAUCAUGAAAGAGCUGCAGCCUCAGUUUGAAAAUUUCCUCAAGGGUUUCAGCCAGUUUGAAUGACAGGAGACCCCGACCCCAAAGAUGCCAUAGACGCCCCGAGUGCUGUGUGACACGACUUCACAAUGGACUUCACCAUCACAACCAGUACAGUUUGAUGCUUUGUGCGUGCAAACCAACGACGUGCGAUGAGGAUCAUGGCUGGUGAGGCACUGAUUCCUUGGGGUUAUGUUAAUACUGGUUGGUCGUUCAGAAAAUAACCCGCAAAAAACAUAAUUCAUUUUUUUAAUGACCGGAUGUGUAUGUUAAAACCGAUUGGAAUCGUACAUUCAUUCAUUCAUUUUCUACUGUUUAUCCUCACGAGGGUCGCGUGUGGUGCUGGAGCCUAUCUCAGCUGUCUUGGGGCGAGAGGCGGGGUACACCCUGGACUGGUCGCCAGCCAAUCACAGGGCACAUAUAGACAAACAACCAUUCACACUCACAUUCAUACCUAUGGACAAUUUGGAGUGGCUAAUUAACCUAGCAUGUUUUUGGAAUGUGGGAGGAAACCGGAGUACCCGGAGAAAACUCCACACAGAGAUGGCCGAGGGCGGAAUUGAACUCGGAUCUCCUAGCUGUGAGGCCUACGCGCUAACCACUCACUCGCCAUGCAGCCCUUAAUACAGUGCAAUGGACACAUUUUGAUUUUUUGGGUUGUUUUUUUUGUAUUUCUCAUCACAGCAGGUGAGGCUCCCCUGACCGCACGCCACUGGUGUACACAUAGCUUUAUCUGCCUCUUGUAUUACUUUUUUUGGGGGGGGGCAUGCCAACUUGUGAAUAAUUGUUUUUGUUUAGAAACACAAAUGUUUUCAACAUUGUAUUUGAUAUAGUACAUUCCAAAAUUAAAUGAUUAAAAAAAAACAAACAUAAUUUCAACGUUAAAUAUCGUACAUUUUACAGUGUUGCAACCGAAUGUAGCGAUCCUGGUCGGGAGUUGUCGCCCUGAAUGUGGUCUAUCGUCAACAGAGACUGUCGUGUUGUGGCGAUCAUACAGGUUUCUGAUUGUGGGUUUCUGGCUUUCUAACUGUAGCUCAAACUGGCCUCCACCAUACCCGCUACCUGGGGACGUUGGUCGUGUGAUCGACGUGCCUAACAAUGCUGGCCUUUUGGGGCCUUUAUAGAGGCCUUCCAAACCAAUCCUCAAAUGAUGCACACAGCCACUAGUAUUACAGUAUUGCGGAACGUGUAUUUGCACCAACCCAUGUGUCAUGAACCGCAACAUAACUCAUUCUCAACUACCCGAGCACUGAGUUAACAAUAAAUCCACAAGGUAAAUUACAAGUACAAAUAUAUAUACUUUUAGUUUAAUAUUGACUGUUAGUAUACACAAGCGAUAGAAAGUCAAGUCUGCAGCAUCGUUAUUGCCUCUUUUUAGAAAAAAAAAUGACAGAAAAGUCCAUUUUUUUAUUUAUUAAGAAACACGUUUUAAACAUUGUAUUUGUGAUAUAGUACAUUUCAAAAUUAAAUUAUUUAAAAAGCGUAUUUUCCAUAGUUAAAUAUCGUAGAUGUGGAUGUAGGGCAUGGACAGCAAUGGUUGUUAGUUUUCUUUUUUUUUGUGGUUUUUCUUACCCAUUAUACAGUGGAACCUCCAAAGUCGAACAACAAUUGAAAAAAUUCAGCCAUACAAUGGUGGCAAAAUGUCUCAAAAGUCAACCUAAACAUGGACGUUCCAACAGAUCAAAAUGCAGGAUGUCCUGUAAGACAACAAAUCUCAUAAGAUUUCAGCUCACGAAGCAUUGAAUGAUUCAUUUGCACAUUACAUAUAAUGGAAACUUUUUUUUUUGACUACAUGAAAUUAGACAACCGGCAUCAUGGGAGGGCUUGUCUACUACUUGGGAGGUUCCACUCUACUUUAAAUGGAAACACAAUAAAAUGUAAAUAAAGAAAAAAGUUUCUAUGUAUAAUAGAGUUGCACAUUUUAUUCUUGUCAGUUUUUUUUCCAGAUACUGAUCACUUCAUUGGAAUCUGCCACAAAGUGUGUAUGGGUUUAUAAUAAUGGGCUAGAAGAAAAGAAUUGGCUUUUUUUUUUAAUUUACGCAGCAGAGGUGCUCCCAAAUUUCGAACAAUAGUUCAUCUGAGGUAAAGGUUGUCUUCCGUGGACACGUACUGCAUGAAAACAAGACUACUUGGUACUGUACUUCCAAAGGGUGAAUGAAAGCCUGUCAAAACAAAACAGGUAGUAUCCAAAAGAACUAUCACCAGCCAAAUGUCUCGACAUAUACGGCAAUCUUAAAGAUGAAUACUGUACUUGACUAAAAAAAAGUGGAGAAAAAACCCCGUCCCAUGUACAUACACACACAGUCUAGUGAAGUCUUAAAAAAAAAAAAAAAAGGUCCCCGUUGGCUUCACGAGGUGGCUUGUGCAGCAUUGAGAGUGUCCUCUUGGUCCGUCUUGAUGCAAGCCAAGUCUGUGGAUGGUGACGUGACCUCAACCAUGCCAAGCCCAGUGUGGGGGACACCAGUGUUCAUGAUGUGUCUUUGUAAAUGCUUCACCCAGUCCUCCUGGACCGAUAGGGGACCCUGGAAGACGAGGUCACAGAACCUGCAAGGAGAAUGUGAUAUGAUGAUCCGUGACAUCCGACGUCGACGGCACACACUGAUACGCAAAAGGGCAAGACGAGGUUUACCUGCAUGUAAGUCUGUACAUUUCCUCUGGCGUUUGUGUUAACGGAAGCAUCUUCUUCUUUGAGCUCUGCCUUAAACGCUGCCGCCUCGCUUUGCAGUCAAAUGCUGAAAGAAACAAUUUAUAUUAGGACCACAAGGAGGUUCUCGGUUCGAAUCUCAGCUGUGUUCUCAUGAUAGUCAAUAGGCAGUCAAUAUAAACUAUGGGGUCCAUAUUUUUCACCAUUUUUAUUGAACGCCCUAAACUGCAAAAUGGAACCUCUCAAACAAAUGGAAGUUGAGGUUGACUUCCUGCAGUGGAACUGCUGAUCUGAGUGCUGUUUUCCUGCCGGGUGUUUCUCGUGCUGCACGACCGGCACGGCAAAACCGGUCCCGUAGGUGUCACAAAAUAUGGCCUCAAAGUUGCUAUUGACUGUUGGUGUACUUUUAGAACAAAUACUAUGAAACAUUCACGACAGCUGUAGCGUCUUUUUCUACUGGUGCAUCGGAAACCGACCAAAGCUCACUUCCAUUUUCUGCAUUUUUUGUCGUUUGAAUGUUUUUGUAGAUUGUACUUUUGGGGAGAGGAGUUACGGCACUUCAGAGGCCUAACUCUGAAGAGGAAAUGCCACUUACUGGUUCCCUCUAGUGAGGCACUUCUUUUGCGCUUGACACAUGCACGGAGAUGAUUGGACAGACUGACGCCACUGUGAAAACUUGCAUUGCAGUGGACACACGCCUUCCUGUUGAAUUCGCCUUUCUCUGCAAAAGGAAUAUAAUAGUCACACAUCCAACACAUACAGCGCUGUGAGAGUGUUUUGUCACAAACGUUUCAGACCAUCAAAUGUCAAUAUGAAGUCAAUGACAACACAACCCAAUGCAAAAUACAGUUUUAAAAUGAAGCUUUUUUUCAUUGUUAAGGGAGGAAAAUAAAUCCAAACCUACUGAAAAAGUGAUUGCCCCCUAAACCUAAUAACCGCUUGGGCCACCCUGAGCAGCAGCAGUUCCUACACAGCAUGUCCCUUCCCUGUAGUGUCUAAGGCAGAGGUAGGGAACCUAUGGCUCGGGAGCCAGGUAGGGCUCUUUUGAUGACUGUAUCUGGCUCUCAAGCAUUUACCACAAUAAAAAUGUAUUUUUGCUAACAUUUUAAAGUAAACAUCACGGAAAUCACUGUUAAAAAUAUUAAAAAUCAACAACUUUCUUAUGCAUUUUAAUCCGUCCAUCUAUUUUCUACUGCAAUACGGCCGACCAUAUCGAUCUUUCUUGAUAUUUUCCAGGUCAAACACCAAAACUCGAUUAUUACUGGGUAAUGCGGUAGUCUACCUCGGUCAUUAAGAUGUAAAUGUAAACUUUCCUCCUUUAGUCAAAUAGUCACCUAGCUAAAGCUGCAGAACCAAGCCUUCUGGCAAAGAUGGCCAAAAGAAUGAAAUAUACUGAAUACGGUGCAAAACCAUGCAGCAGCAGAAGUUGCAUUAAUGGCAGCAAGUAUUUGAUUUAUUAUUGGACACUGCGCUGCUCACGAAAGUAUGCUGGCCACACCCCAUUGGCGUGGGGUAGUGUGCCUGGUCUACGUAAUUAGAGCCCAUUAUAUCUAAAACUGUUGGUCUUACAUAAAAAUGCACACAUUUUAUUGCAUUCAAUGUUUAAAAAAAUGUAUAUGGCUCUCACAGAUACACAUUUUAAAAUAUCUGGUCUUCAUGGCUCUCUUAGCCAAAAAGGUUCCCGACCCCU